AUGGAGAACAUCCCGGCGGGGCAGCCCCCGAAGGCCUUGAGAGGAGACGACAUUGUUGUUGUGGAGCCAUUGCAACCUCUGACGCCAGGGGAGGAAGAAGAAGACCGACCACGACUACCACCACCACCGCCGGCGGGGAACGACGGACAGCGGCAGGGGGCGGGGGUGGGGGGAGGCGGCAGUGAUGGUGAUGAGGGGAAGACCGCGAAAUCCCUGACAGCUCCCUCGGAUGAUGACACCGACGACGAUGGUGAGGACGACAGCAGCAGCGACGGCGGCGGUAAGGGCCACGGCGGCAACGGACAGGGUGACGGAGAUAGAGGGGUCCCGGCGGAUGGGGUAAAGCAGGGACCGGGCGUAGGGGGGGGUGUAGUCGCGGGAGCGGGAGACGGAGGUGGUCUCCUCGCCGCAGAAGGGCUAGUUGAUCCUGACCAGCUAAGGAGAGAGGAGCGGCGGGCGCGGCUGAACGGCCUCGUGGCCGCGGCGGUGGAGAGGCAACGCGGCCAGGAGUGCAACGUGGCGUUCGUGAAGACGCACAAGACGGCGUCGACGACGAUCACGGCCGUGCUCUACCGGUACGGCCUGCGGCACGGGCGCAGGGUGGCCCGGUUCAAGGUGGAGGGCACCGCGGUAACCCUGGAACACGCCGCGGAAGAGACGAAGGAGAGCGGCAACCGUGUGGACAUUUUCCACUACCACUACGUGUGGAACGGCUACUUCGAGUCGACUUGGGAGAAAGCGCGGGGGUUGUUCAAGGACAUCAUGGCCGAGCCGGUUGCACCCCCGGUGGCAGCGGCGGCGGCGGCGGUAGAACCCAGGGAAAGCAGCAGCAGCGGCACGAAGUUCGUGACGGUGCUGAGGGAUCCCGUCGAUCACUGGCUGUCGUAUUUUUACUUCUACUACGAGCCGGAGAUGAAGAUGGACGUGGAGGAAUAUUUCUCGUCGGGAAGGCACAAGAACCGGCCCCUCAACAACCCUCUGGCGGCGGAGUUCGGGAUCUACAACGAGAGAGACCUGGACGAGUUCGUCCUCAACCACCUUACCGAGCUUCGCCCUGAUGUCGACGAGGGCCUGGUGCUGCUGGGCAGGGUCAUGGGCUGGGACCCGAUAGACAUCACCUACACCCCCCUGCUGGAGGCGCCGAGGCUUAAAGACCUGCAUCACUGGACCUUAACCGAGCUGGAGCGCGUGACAAAGCUGGACGCCGCCCUGUACAAGGCGGCCAAGGAGGCCUACGGCAAGGUGAAAGAGCUGCACUCGGAGGGCCUCGAGGAGGCGGUGGCGGACUUCCGAGACCUGCAGCUGGACGUGUUGGCGGCACUCAACGAGGGGGUCGGGAGAGGGGGCCAGGUGUCGCCGGCACGGGCGUGGUACAUGCCGGAGUCGGACUACUACUUCUACAGCGCCGACAAGAGCAGAUGGUCGUGGCGAGAAGGCGGUGGCGUGACGGAGCGGGGCGGCGCCACGAGGGCGCUCGGUUAGUGUUUUUUUUUUUACGGAUUCGAUGGUGACGCCGGGGAUAUCUAUUGCUGCUGCCCGUGGGUUUCUCUGGACGGAUCGGGCAAAGACACGGCAGGAGAUGCUAUACUGCUGCAGAUGACGCGAAGGGUAUCGUUGCCGUGGUUGCUCUUGGCGUGUAGCUGGCGACGCAAAAGGGAGGAGGAGGAGGAGGAGGAGGAAGGGCGGAAAGGUGACCUAGGAGCGUGCAGUCGUUUCGCCGUUAAAGAGAGUUGUGUCGAAAACAACGCGUCCGGAUGAAGAGGUCAAAAAGGGAUCGCUUUUCACUUGCGCCCGUGUUGAUUUGAUUGACCCGCAACCAGUUGCCUGGAUUUCUUUUUUUUGCAGAGAGUGGGUGGGGGGCUGAUCUGGACUCAGCAUCUUGUGUUUCUAUUGCAGCAACAGCGGUGGUUGGUACGCACGACUAUCACUCCCGGAUUCUGUUUUUUUUAGUCCCACCGAGCGUUUGUGUGCUUUUUUAAUCCUUUAGGGGGGGAAACCCAUCGAGAGGAGAACGACACAACGCCGACGUUGACGAUGAGCUGCUCAUGGCGCAUUUUAUUUAUUCUGUUGUUAGGGGUGGCGGACAAUUACAACAACCUUUUUUCAUCCCUAUAUUAUGUACAGUUGCCUAUCACUUUGCCAUGUUUGCGUGGUCAGAUCUUUCAUAAAUUGUGUGUUGUAGUUUUUUUUUUUUUUCGUCCGUCGCCGGAGGACCGCCGCUUUUCCGUUUCUGGUUCCCACCACCCGUUUAUCUACGAUGUGUGCAUGCGUUUACUCUUCUCAUGAGUGUCCGACAGCACCUUGGUGGUGGCGGGAGGGCCCCCCUGUCCAUGACUUCAAGAAUUUAUGGAUUUUCGGAUUUCACCUAGGAAGACAGUGGUUGGAGUGAGAGAAGGUCUGGUGGUCGUGCAACUCGGUGGGCGGAUGCGGUACGUGCGCUCCGAUUCCCGGCCGCCGCGCGCGGCGUGCGUUGUAGAAAAUUGGGGACCGUUCCAGCGCACAAGGUGGAGAUCGCUACUAUCAGUAUUAAUAGCGAUCUCUGUCAGCGGGGUAUUCGUGCAGAGCUGUCGGUUGUUCUUGUGUGUUUCUGACGACGGGUGCGGGGGGUGGUUCCGGUUGUAGCACGCGCUUGGUGUGUGUGUGUUUUUGCUCGCCCUCGUCUCCAUCGCUAUCGCAGGUGCCGGGCGCGCUCUACAACAGAAGGGCAUCGGCGUUGUGUUGUGUUUGGGGACUAUUGAUGUUGGCUGAGCCACACUCGAUUCAGCUGUUUUGAGGUUUUCCCUUUUUUUUGUUUUGUAGUUUUGUCCCCGUCGACAGCUUUUGCUGUUUUGGGGUCGUGUCACCGGUGUGUGCAUCUACAGAGUAGUGUUAGGUACGUAUCUGGUGUCUGUUACCAAGUCAUGCCUUGAGACCACAGGGGUCAGGAGGGCAUACGUGCAGUAGUAGCACGCGUGCUCUCUACGGCGCGACACAACUAGAAUAGAAGGGCUUGUUUGUUGGGCGUAGGUAUCUAUGCAAUUACACGCACGCUUCGUCUUGUUUGUUCGUUUGCUCGAGCCUUGUUGCUAAACGUCGCCCAUGACCAGUUUUCUCUCGAAAUACUGCCUGUAUCCGACGUGGCUCGCACACGGCGUGCCUGUAUGUCAUUAGACCACUUGGACGACGAUUAUCGAAUGGACGGGUGGAAAAUAGCUCAUUUUUAUUCGGCGGGUUUGUGAUGCUGCUGUGUGUGUCUCCUGUUCCUCGAGGUGUGUGUAAGUGUGUGUGUUUUUGUAGCACGACGGUGAUGUCCGGCUGGCCAAGUGAACAAGGGGUCAGUACCAGCCGGUGCAUCAACGUCCCUGGAAGUAUGUGUGCGUUUCUGGUUUCUGUCCCUCUUUCCCAUCAUGAUUGCCGUCUUUUGACUACUGUAUUGUCAGCAGCUCUCAUUGCGUGUCUCUCAAGCAUGGCCCUGUUUGUGGGUAGCUGUUCGCGUGUGUUGGUGUUGUUUUCAGUGUUAUGACAUGUUGCGGUGGUGUAUUUCUCUUCCUCGGCAUGUACAUUGAUU